AUGGCCUCCUCAAGCAGCACAGCAACGCCUUUGCUAUACUCGUGCAUCGCCUACCACAACACAAUCCUCACCGAGCACACCACUUCCGCCGCCUCGGCCACGUCGUCUCUGGCCUCUCUGAUCCUCCCAAAAAUCGAUCACUCGUCCGCCCAGAAGUUGACCUACACCCACGGCGCGAACCACAUCCACUAUAUUGCCGAUGCCGCCCCAGCUUCUGCCGGAAAUGCCCCUGGCCUUACCUACCUCGUCAUCGCCAAACAAGACCUCGGACGUCGCAUCCCCUUCGGCUUCCUCGUCGAGAUCAAGAAGCGCUUCCUGAGCCAACACCAAGAUGCCGAAUUCUCCUCUCUCCCCUCCUACGGUGCUGCAAGCUUCAAUUCAGACCUCAAGAAACUGAUGGUCGAAUACGGAACCACUAAAGCUGGCCAGGAUGAUGCUUUCAAGAACGUCCAAGCCGAGAUCGACAACGUCAGGGAUAUCAUGAGCAAGAACAUUGAGCAGGUUUUGGAAAGAGGCGAGAGGAUUGAUUUAUUGGUUGAUAAGACUGACCGAUUGGGUGGUUCUGCUCAUGAUUUCCGUGUGAGGAGCAGAGGACUCAAGAGGAGGAUGUGGUGGAAGAAUGUCAAGUUGAUGGCUUUGCUGGUUCUUGUCAUCAUCUUCCUGGUCUACUUGCUGGUUGGCUUCGGCUGCGGCUUGCCUGGCUGGUCGCGAUGCAUUCGUAACUAA